AUGGCAGAAAGCAACCUCCCAACAACGGGAGAAGAACUGGGAGUGAAAAAUGAGUUUCCAGCUACAGCGACAGAGAAAAGUCAAGUUACGUCAAGUGACGCUGAACUGGAUGUAGACGAUGACCUUUUAAGAGAAAUAGCGAAAGUAUGUCUCGAGGAAGGUAACAAAGAAUACAGACAAGGAGAAGCUAAUAACGCGAUAAACUCGUACACGGAAGGACUUCGAGUGAACUGCAAAGAUAAACGACUGAACGCCAAGCUUUACAGCAACAGGGCAACAGCUCAUUUCCGUUUGGAAAACUACGUGGAAUGUCUCGAUGAUGCAACAGUUGUCGUUCAGUUGGAACCCACAUUAAUCAAAGCUAUUAAGAAAGGAGCCAGAGCUUGUGUCGAACUUGGCUUGUAUAAAGAAGCAAGGAGCUGGUUGCAUAUGGGAUUGGCCGUAUCCUUUAACGAACGUUUCAAACGUGAUACGAGAUGCAAUGCGAGUAAUAUUUCAAGGGAAAUCAAUACGUUCCGGAGAGAUUCUUCAGCACAUAAUGGAAGCAAUGGAGACAAGGCCGGAGAGGGAAGAAGUUAUGGCAAUCUCGGCAACGCUUAUUGCAGUCUAGGACAGUUCAAAACAGCCAUCCAGUACCAUCAACGUCAUCUAGAAAUUGCUAAAGAAGUGGGAGACAAGGCCGGAGAGGGAAGAAGUUAUGGCAACCUCGGCAACGCUUAUCAAGGUCUAGGACAGUUCAAAACAGCCAUCCAGUACCAUCAACGUCAUCUAGAAAUUGCUAAAGAAGUGGGAGACAAGGCCGGAGAGGGAAGCAGUUAUGGCAACCUCGGCAACGAUUAUCGCAGUCUAGGACAGUUCAAAACAGCCAUCCAGUACCAUCAACGUCAUCUAGAAAUUGCUAAAGAAGUGGGAGACAAGGCCGGAGAGGGAAGAAGUUAUGGCAACCUCGGCAACGCUUAUCACGGUCUAGGACAGUUCAAAACAGCCAUCCAGUACCAUCAACGUCAUCUAGAAAUUGCUAAAGAAGUGGGAGACAAGGCCGGAGAGGGAAGAGGUUAUGGCAAUCUCGGCAACGCUUAUCACAGUCUAGGACAGUUCAAAACAGCCAUCCAGUACCAUCAACGUCAUCUAGAAAUUGCUAAAGAAGUGGGAGACAAGGCCGGAGAGGGAAGAAGUUAUGGCAACCUCGGCAACGCUUAUCGCAGUCUAGGACAGUUCAAAACAGCCAUCCAGUACCAUCAACGUCAUCUAGAAAUUGCUAAAGAAGUGGGAGACAAGGCCGGAGAGGGAGCAAGUUAUGGCAACCUCGGCAACGCUUAUUGCAGUCUAGGACAGUUCAAAACAGCCAUCCAGUACCAUCAACGUCAUCUAGAAAUUGUUAAAGAAGUGGGAGACAAGGCCGGAGAGGGAGCAAGUUAUGGCAACCUCGGCAACGCUUAUCAAGGUCUAGGACAGUUCAAAACAGCCAUCCAGUACCAUCAACGUCAUCUAGAAAUUGCUAAAGAAGUGGGAGACAAGGCCGGAGAGGGAAUCAGUUAUGGCAACCUCGGCAACGCUUAUCAAGGUCUAGGACAGUUCAAAACAGCCAUCCAGUACCAUCAACGUGAUCUAGAAAUUGCUAAAGAAGUGGGAGACAAGGCCGGAGAGGGAAGAGGUUAUGGCAACCUCGGCAACGCUUAUCAAGGUCUAGGACAGUUCAAAACAGCCAUCCAGUACCAUCAACGUCAUCUAGAAAUUGCUAAAGAAGUGGGAGACAAGGCCGGAGAGGGAAGAAGUUAUGGCAAUCUCGGCAACGCUUAUCGCAGUCUAGGACAGUUCAAAACAGCCAUCCAGUACCAUCAACGUCAUCUAGAAAUUGCUAAAGAAGUGGGAGACAAGGCCGGAGAGGGAAUCAGUUAUGGCAACCUCGGAAAGGCCUAUCGCAGUCUAGGACAGUUCAAAACAGCCAUCCAGUACCAUCAACGUCAUCUAGAAAUUGCUAAAGAAGUGGGAGACAAGGCCGGAGAGGGAGCAAGUUAUGGCAACCUCGGCAACGCUUAUCGCAGUCUAGGACAGUUCAAAACAGCCAUCCAGUACCAUCAACGUCAUCUAGAAAUUGCUAAAGAAGUGGGAGACAAGGCCGGAGAGGGAGCAAGUUAUGGCAACCUCGGCAACGCUUUUCACAGUCUAGGACAGUUCAUAACAGCCAUCCAGUACCAUCAACGUCAUCUAGAAAUUGCUAAAGAAGUGGGAGACAAGGCCGGAGAGGGAGCAAGUUAUGGCAACCUCGGCAAGGCUUAUCGCAGUCUAGGACAGUUCAAAACAGCCAUCCAGGCCUUUGACUGUUAUAACUCGAGUGUAGAAUUGUAUGAUGAUAUCAGAGCCAGUCUUCAACUCAACGAUCAGUGGAAGAUUUGUUAUCGUAAUCAGCACCAAGUUGCAUACAAAGGUUUGUGGCGUAUAAAUCUCAAUCGAGGUCAAGUUGUGAAGGCUCUUCUUGCCAGAGAGAAAGGACGUGCUCAAGCUCUGAGAGACCUCAUGGUCACAAAAUAUCGGCCUGGAGAUUCUUUAACGCCCAGUGCAUUCCGCAUUUCUCUGAGGUGGGUUCCAUUGAGCACAGUUUUCAUAGCUAUUAGCGGACCAUGCGUUUACUUCUGGGUUUGCCUUAGUGAAAAUAAAGUCCAGAUGAGAAAAGUACACGUGAACAAAUACAAGUAUGAGGAGGAAUUGGAAUUUUUCAUUCAGCUACUGAACAAAUCUGCUCUUAAGGAGAUCGGUGCAAGAGAUACUGUUACCAUCGAAAAUCCUCCGCUUGACUCGCCGAUAGAAGAGAAAGUGGCCACUGAUGUGAUCCAUGUUGAUGUAAGGCACUCCCAGUCAAGUGCUUUAAAGAAGCUGCAUGACAUCAUCGUUACUCCUAUUGCUGAUCUGAUCGAAGGCAACGACGAGAUCACAUUCAUUCCUGAGGGGCCAUUUUGCCUUGUACCUUAUGCAGCGUUGCAGGACUCCAACUCAUCAUAUCUGGGUGAUUCUUUUAAAAUUCGUGUGCUUCCCUCUCUGACGACCUUGCAACUAAUUCAUGAUUGUCAGGCUGACUUUCACAUGAAGACUGGUGCAUUGCUUGUCGGCGACCCAUGUUUCAAACAUAUCAUCUAUCAGGGAACACUUUUGGUGCAACUUCCAGGAGCAAGGAAAGAAAUAGAGAUGAUCGGACGUAUCCUCAAUGUCUCGCCUCUCACUGGAGAAAUGGCAACAAAAGAUGAAGUGUUAAAACGAAUAUCAUCAGCGGCCUUAGUUCACAUAGCAGCGCACGGUAAAAUUGAAACUGGAGAAGUUAUCCUGGCACCAAACACCACAAGAGAUAACCCUCAGCCGCAAGAGAAAGACUAUCUACUGACGAUGAAGGAUGUGAUAGAAGCUGGGUUGCGAGCACGUCUGGUUGUACUUAGCUGCUGUCACACAGCUCGUGGGGAGGUCAUGGCCGAGGGUGUGGUAGGCAUGGCGCGUGCACUUUUGGGUGCCGGUGCCAGAUCGGUUGUGGUAACCUUGUGGGCGAUUGGCGACGAGGGAACCCUGGAGUUCAUGAGUUUCUUCUACGAUGCACUUGCCAAAGGCAAAAAGGCAAGUGAAGCUCUCAAUCAGGCCAUGAAGUGUAUGAGAGAAAUUGAAAAGUUCAAGGAGGUGAUUUACUGGGCACCAUUUGUACUCAUUGGUGACGACGUCAACCUGGAUUUCAAGGAUAUUUCAAAGCUCAAGCAAUUGGGUGAUGAAUUUAUCUUUUGCUCCGACAAAUUGAGAUGCAGCACAAUCAAGUGGACACGUUUACGAUGA